AUGUCUGCUAUGGAUGUGGACAAUGAUGUCUCGACUGUUCUUGCACAGUUGAGACUGGAAAUCGAGUCCUCCGAAUUAAUUCAAGUGAUCUACCAACUAGAGGAUUACUAUGAAAGAAAGUUGUGGAACCAGUUGACCUUGGCUCUCGAGGAGCUUUAUCAGAACCCAGAGAGUCAAGUGGGUACUUUUAGACAACAAAUUUUCAGUCUGUUCUUGUCACAAUUCCAGACCAAGCUUAAUCAAAUCAAACUUAUUGACUUCUUGUUGCAAUCUUUUGACGACAACCAGGUUUGCUUCGAUAAGUUGAACGAAUUAAAGGAAUCGUUGGUCAAUGAAUUGACUAAAAAGUAUGGCACAAGAAAGCCUGAUAACUUGGACGAACUCAUUAACAAUGAUGAGUCAGUCAUUUACAUCAAUUUGCAAAUCGCAAGAUAUGCCUUGCUCUUGAACAAUGCUAACCUGGCAGAUGAGAUUUUGGAAUCUGUUGGAGAUAAAUUUGAGAACACCUUGCAAAAUGAGUUUAGCUCGAAGAUCAAUGCUGCUUUCUAUCUCACCAAAUGCCAAUACUACAAGAUCCAUGACAACUAUAACCUAUUCUAUACCAAUGGAUUGUUGUACCUUUCAUCCUUGGACACUCCACUUCCUGAAAACCAGCAAGUCCAAUUCUGUUAUGACCUUUGCAUCGCCGCUUUGCUUGGAAGCAAGAUCUACAACUUCGGUGAGUUGAUUCUUCACGAUAUAUUAAAGGUUAUCAGCGACCCCAAUGGGCAAUACUUUUGGUUGUUCAGUUUAAUUCAACAUCUCAACUCUGGUAACUUGGCCGAGUUCAAUAAAUGGCUCAAGCCAUCUUUGGAGAAGAGUCCUCUUCUCGCCCACCAUGAUAAGUUCUUGCACCAAAAGAUUGUCAUAAUGUCAUUGUUGGAGUUGAUUUCCACAGAGCUGACCACAAACAAGAAGUUGCUGUUCCAGUCUAUAAGUGAGGUGACAGGUACACCAAUCGAUGAGGUCGAGCUUCUCAUUAUCAAGUGUUUCUCGCUCAAUUUGAUCAAGGGUUAUAUCAAUCAGAUUCAACAAAUUUUGAUUGUCACUUGGUUGCAACCACGUAUCUUGAACUUAGAUCAGGUCAAAAAUCUUUACAAUCAUUUGGUCGAUUGGGACUCGCGGGUGGAAAGUCUAGCCAAAGACGUGCAUUCUCGUGGAGGAACCUUGUGGGCGACUGGCUAG